UUAUUAUCCAAUGGCGACCGGACCACAGUUCCGUGGCGGUUGUCGUUCCCGGUUUGUGUAUUCCGUCUGAUAUUCUCAACGGUGGAAAGCAAUCCUGGAUACUCAUAGGAACGAACACCGGGGGGAACCAACAAACAGAAGCAACACUGACAGUUUGAACCAGCUGAUCUAGCUACAGCCAGACAUCAUGGAUUAUGUGUGACUCACUAGGAUAAACUGACUGUUGAACUGAACUGAGCUGGUCCUGGUUAACAUUUGACUUCCUCCGAUGAGGAGCGAGUCAGUCACUGUCCUCAACCGGACCCUGUUCUGCUGCCUGGAGUAGACCUACAGCCUGGGGACAUGGCCAAUCCACACCUGGCUAACCUGGCCUUUGCCUGGGAGAAGUACAUGGACUGUCGAGUACAAGGAGCAGAGCUACAGGUCAGUCUUCAGUGCCUGGAGAGUUUCCUGUGUCUUUUCCACUGUGUCCGCCACCUCCACAGCAGCCAUGGCAACAAGGAUGCUCUGAAGUUCUGUUCUGAUAUGAGCGGAGCCAGUAACACUCUGGCGAGGGAAUUCCUCACCGAUGUUCACCAGCUUUGCAGCGCCGUGGCUCAGAGGGCGGAGUCACGGGGAGAGGAGGACGAGGAGAGUCACAUGGUUGCCCUGGGCGAAUACCUGGUCAGAGGCAGGGGCUACUUGCUUCUCAGCGCCCUGGACUCCAUCAUCGACCAGGAGCUGACCUGCAGAGAGGAGCUGCUAACCCUGCUGCUGUCUCUACUGCCACUGGUCUGGAAGAUACCUGUUCAGGAGGAGAAGGCACCAGAUUUCACCCUGUUGUCUCUACUGGAGGUGUUCUUGAGCCGGGAGGUGAAUGCCGUCCCCCAGAGGGCAGGGAAAGACCAGAAGACCGGUGCAUUUCACUCUGAGAAGCGUUCACGCGGUGGCAGCAGCAGUAGCUCCACCUGGAAGGUCCUGCGUCGCUCCCGCAGGACCCCUCAGCGCUACUCUGUAAGGGAUGCCCGCCGCUCCCAGCUCUCCACCUCUGACUCAGAUGCGAACUCUGACAACAAGGCCGUCACCGGUGGAGUACGUAGUCGGCGUUCUCGCGGUUCUACGAUCCGUGUGAGUUGCCAGCAUCACCGUUUGGAGGCUCCCUUGUUACCCUCGCCCCCUGUUCCCCCUCCCGAAAAGACCAUGGCUUCGCCUUUCCCGCUCUACCCCCAACCCCGGUCGCUGGGGGGGUCCCAGAACACCCUGGACACAGAGACCCUGACUGACCCAGCUGCCAUGUCCAUAUUCAACCGGAUGGAGAACUCUCCCUUCGACCUCUGUCAUGUUCUGCUCUCGCUCCUGGAGAAGGUGUGUAAGUUUGACAUGAGCAUCAACCACAACCCGGGUCUGGCUGUCAGCGUGGUACCUACCCUCACUGAGAUUCUUACAGAGUUUGGAGACUGCUGUGGUCCGGGGGGAGGAGGAGAGGGGGUGGAGGAGCUGGCUGGAGGCUGGACAGAGGAACCCAUCGCCCUGGUCCAGAGGAUGCUGCUAAGGACCAUCCUCCACCUGAUGUCAGUCGACGUGGGUCAGAGUGAGGCUCUACCAGACAGCCUGCGACGCAGCCUGACUGACCUGCUCAGAGCCACGCUGAAGAUCAGGUCCUGCCUGGAGAGACAGGUUGACCCGUUCGCUCCCAGACCCAAGAAGACCCUGCAGGAGGUGCAGGAGGACUUCUCUUUCUCCUGCUGGAGACACCGCUCCCUGCUGUUACCUGAGCUGCUGGAGGGGGUACUGCAGGUGCUGCUGGGGUGUCUCCAGGCCUCGGCCCCCAAUCCCUUCUUCUUCAGUCAGGCUCUAGAGCUGCUUCAUGAGUUCAUCCAGCAUCGGGGCCUGGAACUGUUUGAGGCCACCGUUCUGAGACUAGAAGGGCUGGGCCGCGCCCGGGACUCUGAGGUGGGGGGUGAGGCAGCAGAUCGUCUGAAAGGACUGAUCUCUGGGUUCCUAAAGAUCAUCAGCGCCGUGAAGACCGCUAAGUCAGAGCAACUGCACCAGUCCGUCUGCGCCCGCCGUCGCCACCGCCGCUGUGAAUACUCUCACUUCCUGCAUCAUCACCGCGACCUCUCUGGACUCCCAGUCUCUGCUUUCAAACAGGCCGCCCGCCGCAACCCCUUCGAAGAGACAGAGUCCGAGGGGAAGGACGGGGUGGAUGACGUGGUGCGUUACCCAGAGAGGUGCUGUUGCUUGGCAGCCUGCGCCCACCAGUGUCUCCGUCUGCUCCAGCGGCUGUCCUCCAGUGGGCCAGCGGUGCUCCAGGUCCUAGCUGGCGUCCAGGCUGUGGGGAUCUGCUGCUGCAUGGACCCUCGCUCUGUAGUCGGCCCUCUCCUCCAUGCCUUCCAGGCUCCAGGGCUCCGCUCCUACCAGUCUCACAUCCUCUCUGUCCUCUCCCGGCUGAUCCUCGAUCAGUUAGGUGGAGGACAGCCUUCUGAGAAAGCUAAGCUAGCCUCCUGUAACAUCUGUACUCUGGACAGCAGUCAGCUGCCGGGCCUGGAGGAGACGCUCCAGCAGGGGGAGGUUGGAGUGUCAUCCCCCACUUUGAGCUACCGUUCCCAUGGUAUCCUCCCCAGCGGAGGGGGAGCAGAGGAUAUGCUGUGGAAGUGGGAGGCCCUGGAGGCGUACCAGGGGCUGGUAUUCGGGGAGGACCAGGCACUCAGCCAACAGGUCGCGGGACACAUGUGUCACCUGAUGUUGAGAGGGAACGCUGUGGUCCAAUGGCAGCUCUACACGCACAUCUUCAACCCUGUACUGCAGAGGGGGGUGGACCUAGUGCAUCACGCCCAACAACUGGGUGUGUCUGCAGCGUGUAGCCAGGUGUGCUCCUACCACAUCCAGUGUCUACCUGUAGAGGUGCUACUGGUCUACCUGCAGACACUACCAACCCUGCUCAAGUCCAGGGUGAUCAGGGAUCUGUUCCUGUCCUGUAACGGUCUGAACCAGGUGACUGAGCUCAUCUACCUGGACCAGACCCGGGCCUGGGCCCUCAAGGUGUUUGAGAUGUUAAUACUUGGAGUGGAGUACCAGGUCCAGGAGCAUGCCGAGGCCCAGGAGAGAGAAGCCACACUCGGCCUGGCUGAGGAGCUGGGGUCCCGUGGGGCUGGAAGUACCGCAGGUCCCAUAGGAGAGGGGGGCCCGCAGAGCCUGUCUAAGUUUUACGAGUGUCUAAAAGAGGCACGCCCAAGGAGCCGGAUUGGUCCAGGGGCAGGAAAGGGGAGGGGCCGGGGAGAGACCCAUCUGAACACCAUCAACCUCUUCCUGUGUGUGGCGUUCCUCUGCGUCAGCAAGGAGGCCGACUCGGACCGUGACUCGGUAAAUGACUCGGAGGAUACGUCAGGGUACGACAGUACGGCUUCAGAGCCUCUGGGUGGGAGGCUCCCCUGCCUGUCACCUGACAGCGUGGCUCUGCCCUCCAAGGAACAGGUGCGACGUGCUGCUGACGUGUGGUCGGUGUGUCGCUGGAUCUACCUGGCGAGUCCCGUGUUCCAGAGACAGUUCUACCGGCUUGGGGGACUAGAUGUCUGUUCCCGCCUCAUGACCAUGCUCAUCCAAAAACUCACGAAGAAGAGUGAUGGGAAGGACAAGACUCAACCUGACUCCCCUGCCACUGCCCCAUCACCGACCUCUAUACCAACCCCAGUUCAGACAGGUUCAACCACCACCACCUUGGGAGUGGAGGAUCCAGGCCAGCACCCAGCUGAAGCUGUGAGCCCAGGCCAGGGUGGGCAGGGAGAGGGUAAGGGGACCCAGAAGGAUCCUUCCAGGAGGCUGGAGGACGAGUGGCCUCUACAGAGCAUCAGAAUGCUGGAGGCCCUGCUUGCUAUCUGCCUGCACAGCGCUAACUCAGGCCUGCAGAGGAUCGAACCUGAGCUUUCAUUCCAGCUCCAGUCAGUGGAAGAUACCCUGUUAGAGGUCAGGGAUCAGCUGUCCCGCUCUGGGGUCGUGAACUCUGAUCUGGCUGUGCCCCUGUUUGACUUCCUGCUCCGUGUGGCCCUGGCCGAGGUCUGCUCCAGUCCCGAACCCCAGGAGGACAAGGCUGAAAGGAAGUUAGCAGUGUGUGUGGAGAGUGUGGUCCCGGCGGGGGAUCUAUCUGAGGCUGAGGAGGAAGACGAGGUGCAGGGUUGUGGUGAGGUUCCAGCGCUGGGGGAGGAGGAGGGAUACGAGGCAGACAGCGAGAGCAACCCAGAGGACAUGGCCAAGCAGGAAGAAGGUGUAAAGGUGGAUUCUGCGGGGGCCGGGCUGGGUGGAGCGGUUGCGUUCGGGGCGAAGUCCCCCGGCAGAGGGGGCCGUGGCGUUCUUCUCUUCCCAGAGAUCUGCCUGAUGGAGCUCCAGCUGCUGGCCUCAGGGUCACCUGAUCUGGACGUGUUGGGUCACGUGUUUCACAGCCUCCUGGGGGCCGUGAGGGCCAACCCCCGCAACGCUGCUCUGCUGUACCAUCAGGGAGCGGUAAAGACCAUUCUGACUUCUUUCCAGAGCAUUCUGUCACAAUCAGAUUCCAGCUAUGAAGACUGCCAGACGGUACUGGUGGAACUGCUGGUUGCCAUGAUGAGCCAACGAAUCACAGCCGAGGAACUGGCCCUGUUGAUCCGCCUCUUCCAGGAGAAGAAUCCGCCCACUGACAUCCUACUGAAAGGCGUCCUCCAGAUCGUCCAGGCCAACGUCGACAUGGAACCUCUCUACUUCCUCUCCUAUCCUAUGAUCCUCGGCGGCGCGUCCUUCCCUGGCGGUACCUCCCCUGGCUCCCGACAAAAUGGGGGGGCGGGGGGGAAGGGGGUCGGGAUGCUGUGGAAGGGGGGGAAGCUGUCCCCGGGACGUAGGGAGGGGGAUGGAAGAGAGGAACCAGGACAUCUAAGGACCUCUCCGUGGCACGUUGCCCCGUUACACCUCCCUCUGGUGGGGCAGAACUGCUGGCCACACAUGGCCUCUGGGUUCUCUGCCUCUGUCUGGAUAAAGGUGACUGAGGAUGAAGAGGGAGAGGGACAUGCAGAGAAAGAGGAGGGGAAGGCUCCUACGUUGGAGCCAAACCUGGGGGCCACCCCGGAUGGGCAGAGGGUGGUGGUGGAGAGCCUGAUGCACGUUCUCUCCAUGGGCUCCAAAGCUAUGAUGCUGCAGGUCUGGGCUGACCUCUCCACUGGAGUAUUCACUUUCAGGAUGUGUAUUGACCCUAAUGAUGAGAUGAAGGCGGGGCUACUGGCCCAGGCAGAGUCAGGGGAGGGUCUAGUCCCACCUGGCAGUUGGCAUCACCUGGGUAUCAGCUACACCCAGCAGCCUGAGGGCAAGAAGAACAUCCAUGGACGCCUGGCACUAUGGGUCAACGGAGUCAGGAAGUGUGAGGUGUCUCUGGACUACACGUUACCCAGGAAGUCCAGCCUGUCUUCAGACAGCAACAAGACCUUCUGUCUGCUGGGACACUGUACGGGACACAGUGAGGACGUGACCAGACAGGGUGGACAGUACGACAUGGGCACUGUGCUGCUCUUUAACGGCUCCCGUAUCGGGUCAGAGGAGGCAUUCUACCUGUAUGCCUCUGGUCCAGACCUCACUUCUAUCAUGCCAUGUAAGUACGGUAAGCCCAGUGGGACCUUCUCCAAGUACGUCACCACGGACGGGUUGAAGUGUGACACUGUCAGAGAGCUAAUGAUGAAGAACAAGGAUGUGGACACAGCAGCUCUCAUAGAGUGUCUGGCAGUAGUGUACGCCCCCAGCAGCCCCAGGGUGUAUACCAUCUAUGAGCCAGUGAUCCGUCUGAAGGGCCAGGCUAAGACCGUGGUGUCUCAGAGACCCUUCAGCUCUAGAGAGGUCCAGUCUGCAGUGCUGGAGACACACAUACUCAGGACCAUGUUGCCUGUAGAACCACAGGGCCUGCAGAACGUCCUACACAAGAGAGGAGGAACCGGGGCCUUCGUAUUCCUCUUUGCACGGGUGGUGGAGCUAAGUGACAGUGAGCAGACCCAGGCCCUAGCUCUCCAGGUGCUACUCUCUCUGGCCAAGUACAACCAGCACCGUAUCAAUGAGAUGGACUGUUACCAUGGUUACUCCAUGAUACACCAGGUCCUCAUCAAGUCCAAGUGCAUCGUGGGAUACCAUAUUCUCAAGACCUUGUUAGAUGGGAGCUGUAGUAGUCCUAUCUUAACUCUAGGGGAAGACGGUCAGUUCCACCUGGACACAGAGUCUACAGCCGUGGUCCAGGACAUCAAGCUGCUGUCUGAGGUUCUGCUGGACUGGAAGAUCUGGGCCAAGGCUCAGGGUGGUGUCUGGGAGACUCUGCUGGCAGCGUUAGAGAUCCUCAUCAGGGUUCACCACCCCCAGCAGGUGUUCAACAUCAGACAGUUUCUCAAAGCCCAGGUGGUCCACCGCUUCCUGCUCACCUGUCAAGUACUACAGGAGCAUCGGGACGAGCACCUGACCUCCAUCCCACAGGAAGUGUGUCUGUCUUUCGUUAAGAUCAUCCAGGAAGUGUUGGGUUCCCCUCCGGACCUAGACCUCCUCCGAUUGGUCUACAACUUCCUCCUCGCCGUGCACCCGCCCACUAACACCUACGUUUGUCAUACGCCUUCAAGCUUCUACUUCUCACUACACAUAGAUGGUGAGCUGUACCAGGAGAAAGUCCAGUCCAUAAUGUAUAUGAGAAAUAUCAACAGUGGAUGGAAGUCAACUGGUAGCUCAGUGGUCUCUCUCUCCACGGCUGUCUUCACUGAGGACCCUCUUCCUGAAGGUACCAUCCACCUUCAGCCUCCGUCACCUGAACACGGAGGAGACGACCAGUCCCUGUCCCUCCGGCCCGCCAACCUGACCCCCUCGCCCAACUCCUCCCCGUUGCUCAGGCCCUGUGUGAGCCAUGGAGGGGCUGGGAGCCCCAGGGAGGGCCAGGAGGGAGAGGGGGUGAUUCUGGGAAGCACAGAGACUCUAAAGCGAGGAGGAGGAGGAGGAGGAGGAGGAGGGGGAGGGGAGGAGCAGCUCCUGUCUAGCUGUGAGUCUGCGAAAACCAUCUGUGACUCCCGAGAGGGAGGAGAGGCACCACAUACCCCGUCCAUCAGUAUCGAGGAGGUGGAGGGGAGGGGGGAGGUAGAUGGGGAGGAGGGGGUGGAGGAGAGGGGGGAGGUGGAUAGUCUGGUUGAGGGCAGCGUGGGCGGUGCCGAAUCUGAGGACCGUUUUGAUUGGGCGAGCGAUGAGGUGCCACAGAGGCCGGACAGUCUGAAGGGGAUCACAUCGUUUCAGAGGAGCUCCUCUAACCUGGCCAGCCUGGGCCUGGCCUUCCCUGCUCAGAAUGGGAGCCUGGCCCUCGGUCGUUGGCCCAGCGUGGCCGACCGUGGGACACUACCAGAAGACUGGGAGAGCUACUCGUACUCACCUGGAUACGAGAGGGCCUACAGAAAAGACUCGAGCAACGACAGGUCCAGUACAGAGGACUGCCUGGUGUUAAUAUGCUAUGGUCUAUAUGACCUGUUGAGAGGGGUUCUGCUACUACUACCAGACCUGAUGCUGGAGGAGGUGAUGGAUAAGCUGGUCCAACCUGAAGCUCUUAUCGUCCUCGUCAACCACUCCUCUCCCCUUAUACAGCAGGGGGUUAUGAAGCUCCUGGAUGCCUACUUCAGCCGAGCGUUUAAGGAGCAGAAGGAGAAGUUCCUGAAGAACCAUGGCUUCAGUCUCUUAGCCAAUCAGCUGUACCUGCACCAGGGGACUCGGGGCCUGCUGGAGGUCUUCCUGGAGAUGCUGUUUGGACGACCUGUCGGCCUCGAGGAGGAUCUAGACCAGGAGGACAUGGAGACCAUCAGUCCCUUCAGGAAGCGUUGUAUCAUCCCAGUGCUGGGUUUAAUAGAGAACAGUCUGUGUGAGAACAGUCUGGUCCACAACGUGCUCUGUAUGCUACUGCAGCUCGUCAACGCCUGUCCCAAACUGGCUGACAUACUGCUGGACCACGGCCUGCUCUACGUCCUCUUCAAUACCCUGUCUACACUCAACGGCAUGGAGCAUGGUAUACCUCUGAACGACUACAAACUGCUAGUGGUCGACAUCCAACAGCUGUUGGUCGCGGUGACCAUCCAUUCCUGUUCCUCCUCUGGUGCUCAAUACUUCAGGAUCAUAGAGGACCUAAUCACACUGCUGGGCUUCAUGGAGACGUCCAAGAUGAGACGAACCCAGGAGAUGGCAGUGGCCCUGCAGUUCCGCGUCCUCCAAUCAGCUAUUGAGUUCAUAAAGACGACAGCUAAUCAGGACCCUCAGAAGCUGAGCAGCUCUGUCAACGUGCCCACCUCUUCUCACCAUGCCAUCUACCAGAAACGCAAGAGCAUCGCAGGUUCCAUGGCCAUGGUUAUGAGAGACAGCAUUAUUCCCCGUAUUCCACGGCAGCACUACUGUUCGAACGGCCAGAUCCCCCUGCCUCCCCCCUUCUGCUUCCUGUCUGAGACCUCCCCCCUCCCCUCCCCCACCGACACCACUUCCUAUGUGUUCCUAUGUGACUCAGGUCGGCGUCGCUUCUCCCUGGCCCAGUCAGACAGUCUACUGACCAGGAUGCGUUCUGUAGCCAGUGAUGAGCUGAACCAGAUGAUGCAGAGAAGGAUGAGUCAGGAGAACCCCAUCAGGGCAUCAGAGACUGAGUUCAUUCAGAGACUACAGAGACUGGUAGUGCUGGCUGUCAACAGGCUCAUCUAUCAUGACGUGAGCCAAGACUUCUACGACCUGCUGAACUUCCCAGACUCCCCGGACCACCACCUGACCCCUGACCCUGUCGACCACGCCCCUGAGGAAGACGGCUCCGUCCCCGGCUCAUCAGGCCACACCCCUGGCCCGCCCUCUCCCCUCCCCUUCCCCCUCCCUCCGGCCAACAUGAAGAGUUUCCAGAAAGACAUUCUCAGACUGAUGAUGGACGGGAUCAAGAUCAGUCUGGGCAGUACGGGUCGUGGUGGGGCCCCCAGGCAGCAGUGGAGGAGGAUCCUGUGGUCGUGUCGGGACACCUUCAGGGUUCAGAUCGGACGUCUCUUGGUACACACCCUCUCCCCUGCAUUACCCCUCAGGGACAGGAAGGAGGCUCUAGAGUUUGUGUUCGACCCUGCAAACCCUGACUUCCUCAAGGAGAGCCUCAGCCCCGGGUUAGAGCAUGGUCCCAAGCUAGCCAUGUAUCUGUAUGAGAUGCUCCAUGACCACAAAGAUGCUCUGACCAAAGAGGAGCAGAGUACUGUGGGCAGUUUCAUGACAUCACUGAAGGUGUGGGGUCAUCGCUGCAUCCCUCCCAGCGCACCACACAAACCAGACCUGCUCAAGGCUAUCAAAGAGGAACAGUUGAAGUACGAGGCGGAUGAGAAGAGCAGUAAACUGGCCUGGGAGAAGAAAAUUUCCAACACACAGAAAAGUCUGAUCCAGCGUCUGGACGGUAAGUCCAAGGACAUCUCUAAGAUCGCAGCCGACAUCACCCAGAAUGUGUCACUGAGACAGGGUAUGGAGAGGAAGAAAGUGAUCCAGCACAUCAGAGGACUCUACAAGAUAGACCUCAGCGCCUCAAGACACUGGCAGGAACUGGUGCAACAACUCACUCACGACCGUGCUGUGUGGUAUGACCAGACGUCGUACCCUACCUCCUGGCAGCUGGACCCUACAGAGGGACCCAACAGGGAGAGAAGACGGCUGCAGAGGUGUUACCUCACCAUUCCCAACAAGUACCUGCUCAAAGACCGACGCAAGCCAGACGACCCAGCAGCACGGGCUCCACUGUCCUUCCUGUUUGAGGAUAAGACCCACUCCUCCUUCUCUUCCACGGUGAAAGACAAGGCCACCAGCGAACCAAUCAGAUUCACCAGACGCUGCAUCAGUGUUGCUCCCUCUAGAGAGACCUCCGGAGAGUUGCUGCUGGGGAAGUCUGGGAUGUACUUUGUGGAAGAUAACGCAGCUGACGCCCAUGACAACCAGAGUGUCCACGGAGAGACGGAGGCAGCGUCAUUCUCCUGGACCUAUGAGGAGAUAAAGGAGGUCCAUAAGAGGUGGUGGCAGCUCAGAGACAAUGCUGUGGAGAUCUUCCUCACCAACGGACGGACUCUCCUGCUGGCCUUCCACACCACCAAGUUCCGUGACGACGUGUACCACAACAUCCUGACCUCUGACCUUCCCAACCUCCUGGAGUAUGGUAACAUUACGGCAUUAACACACCUGUGGGGCUCGGGGCAGAUCAGUAACUUUGAGUACUUGACGCACCUCAACAAACACUCUGGGCGAAGCUUCAACGACCUGAUGCAGUACCCCGUCUUCCCCUUCAUACUGAAGGACUACAUCUCAGAGACACUGGACCUGGGGGACACUUCCAUCUACAGGAACUUGAACAAGCCCAUAGCGGUCCAGUCUAAAGAGAAGGAGGAUCGCUAUGUGGAUAAUUAUAAGUACCUGGAGGAGGAGUAUCGGAAAGGAGCACAUGAUGACGACCCGAUGCCUCCUGUCCAGCCGUACCAUUAUGGAUCUCACUACUCCAACUCCGGCACUGUACUACACUUCCUGGUUCGCAUGCCUCCAUUCACCAAGAUGUUCCUGGCCUACCAGGACCAGAGCUUUGAUAUCCCUGACCGGACGUUCCACUCUAUGAAUACAACGUGGCGUCUCUCCUCGUUCGAGAGCAUGACUGACGUCAAGGAACUAAUACCGGAGUUCUUUUACCUCCCGGAGUUCCUGGUCAACAGAGAGGGUUUUGACUUUGGUGUGCGUCAAAACAGUGAGCGUGUGAACCACGUCAACCUGCCACACUGGGCGCGAAACGACCCUCGCCUCUUCAUCCUGAUCCACCGCCAGGCCCUGGAGUCAGACCAGGUCUCUCAGACCCUCUGUCAGUGGAUUGACCUGGUGUUUGGGUUGAAACAGAAGGGCAAGGCAGCUGUACAUGCCAUCAACGUAUUCCACCCAGCUACAUAUUUCGGUAUGGACGUGUCGUCAGUGGAGGACCCGGUGCAGCGGCGUGCGUUGGAAACCAUGAUCAAGACCUAUGGACAGACGCCCAGACAGCUGUUCUCUGCAUCCCACAUCAGCAGAGCCGGACCCAGACUCAUUAUGGAGGGAGAGCUUCCUGCUGCCAUGGGUCUCCUGGUGCAGCUGGCCUUCAGAGAGACCAGGGAACAGGUCAAAGAUAUAGUUUACCCGAGUCCCCUGUCCUGGAUCAAGGGCCUGAAGUGGGGUGAGUAUGUGGGGUCCCCCAGCUCUCCAGAUCCUGUAGUGUGUUUCAGCCAGCCCCAUGGAGAAAGGUUCGGAUCUCUACUGGCCCUCCCGACCAGAGCCAUCUGUGGACUGUCACGCAACUUCUGUCUCAUGAUGAUCUACAGCAAGGAACAAGGUGUGAGGAGCAUGCACAGUACAGAUAUCCAGUGGUCUGCCAUCUUGAGUUGGGGCUAUGCUGACAACAUGCUGAGGCUAAAGAGUAAACAGAGUGAACCGCCCAUCAACUUCAUACAGUGCUCUCCACUACACCAGGUAACAGCGUGUGCCUGGGUGUCUGACGGUUGUCAGCUGUUCACCGGCAGUAGAUGUGGAGUCAUCACGGCUUACAUUAACCGCUUCAAUACUACUACUCCUACAGAGAUGGAGGUAGAGUCUCAGGUCCACCUGUACGGCCACAGCUCUGAGGUGACCAGCCUCCAUGUGUGUAAACCAUACAGCAUCCUUAUCUCUGUGUCCAGGGAUGGAACAUGCAUCCUCUGGGACCUCAACAGGUUGUGUUAUGUCCAGAGCCUGACGGGUCACAAGAGCCCGGUGACCGCAGUGUCAGCCAGUGAGACCACAGGGGACAUCGCUACGGUCUGUGACUCAGUGGGCGGGGGCAGUGAUCUACGGUUGUGGACUGUGAACGGUGAUCUGAUUGGCCAUGUCCACUGUCGUGAGAUCAUCUGCUCUGUGGCGUUCUCCAAUCAGCCGGAGGGAGUGUCUGUCAACGUCAUUACAGGGGGACUGGAGAACGGAGUGGUCAGGCUGUGGAGCACUUGGGACUUGAAGCCAGUGAGAGAGAUCACCUUCCCCAAGUCGAACAAGCCUAUCAUCAGCCUGACGUAUUCGUGUGACGGCCACCACCUCUACACAGCUAACAGUGAGGGGACGGUCAUGGCCUGGUGUAGGAGAGACCAGCAGAGGAUGAAACUACCCAUGUUCUACAGCUUCCUCUCUAGCUACGCUGCCAGCUGACAGACUAGGGCCUUGAAUGACUACACUACCCACAAUCCUCCUGAGAGACAUGAUUACAAUACCCAGUCCUUUUCUGACGCAUGGCUCCAGACUACCCUGAGAGACCGCAUGAGGGACAGAACUACAAUACCCACAGUCCUCUGCUCUUAUGGCAGCCCCCAGACCUCCUGGCAUGUUGAGAGUCAGAACUACAAUACCCAUAGUUCUCUUCUCUUCUGACGCAUUUCUCCAGACUACCCUAGGACAAAACUACAAUAACCACAGUUCUCCAGGUCGGACAGAACAGCCUGAACCUCUCCAUGAGCAGUCAGUCCCCUUCCCUCCCCCCCGCUGGGAGACGGACAUGUCAACAUGCUGCAGACGACCAAUCAAAGCCAUCAGCUCAGACCCUAAGACCCACCUCCUGUUUUCUACAGUCGUUUCCGUGUGAGCAGACUAGCGGUUGUUAUGAUAUUAAAGAGAUCUAGAUAUCGUUUUGUUUUGGUUUUGUUGUCAUGGUAAUAAUGUUCCUUCCUUCUGAAAUGUGUUGCUGAUGACUUGAUUAGUUGUUUGGACUGUCCUGGUGAGCUGCUACAUAACAUCUGACCAAUCCCAAGUCAGACCAGAAGGCCCCUGCCUCUGCUAGUGUCUGACCAAUCCAAAGCCAGAGCAGAGGGUAGAGACCCGCCCCCGUCUCUCCUCUACGGCCAACGCAUGUGUCUCUCUGCAUUAGUCACCUGACUGAUGGCUCUUAUUCCUGAGAGACCAGGAAAAGCUGCAAUUACAGGAACACUCUGCAUAUCUGUCACCUACCUGGAGAUGGCCUGGCCCUGCGUGGUUCCUGUGGGGUCUGAGAUACCCUUCCUGUCCACUCUGAACUCUAGACUACGUAAACCAGCUAGGGGGAUCUGGGAUGAUGUGGGUUGUGUUACCUGUAAUGUCCUGGCCUGUGCUCUAAGAAAGGCCUCUUCUUGCAUGCUGGAAUUAAGGAGAAUGAGGGGGAUGGAUGGAGAGUGUGUGUGUGUGUGUGUGUGUGAGAGAGAGAGCUUGAAAGCACUAACUCCAUUGUGUUCCUGCCUUGUAUCGAUCCUGUUUCCUGCCUUGUAUCAAUCCAGUUUCCUGUGUUUGUUUUCACUCUUUGUUUUUGCAUUGGCUUCCUUAGAUUGUUGUCAUUAUUUCGUAUUAUCAAUGAAAGCUGAGAAUGACCUGC